AUGAAACAAUUAUCAUCCACAUUCAAUUAUGGAAGAGCUGCUGUUGAGGGUGCUAUGUCUGGGUUCAACAAAUGUCCUGCACAACAAUACUCACUCCGAUGCUCUUCGGACCACAAAAUUCUCUUAAAAAGUCUUCAUGUAUCAUCGUUAACGAUGAGAAGGUCUUCCUCCAUGUUGUUGUUGUUAUCUCAUCACACAACAUUUCUAAAUGUUCAUAAUUUUGGAAAACAGGUGUGCUCGGGAUUUUCGUCUUCCUCAUCGUUAUCGACCGAAAAAUGUUUUUCAAUGAGUAUGAACAAGCAAUUGACGACUAUGGCUUCUAGCAAAACAAACAAUUCGAAUAUUAAAAAGCCUAGCACAACCACCUCUGCCACCACCACUCCUAACUCUAAUUCGAAAAAAGAAAGAAAGGUACAAACACUUUCCAAGCAAGAUCAUCAACAAAAAAAGUCAACAACCAAUGAAAUGAACGAACAAUACAAAAGUGUUCUUUUCUCUACAUUAUUUAGUGUAGACAACAAACUACAAAAAGAGACACUUCUUUCCGAAACAAAGGAUUUUCUGUUAAACAAAAUGGAUGACCAAGAGGCUAUAGCCACAAUUUCAAAAAGGCUUGACAUUUUUUCCAAAGAAGACAUCAAAGACAUUAUUCACUUUCUUGAUGAACAGAAUUUAUUGAUUCCAGCAACAAAAAAACAACUCGCUCACACAAUGUUGACAAAAAUUUUCAAUUGUGCAGGACCAGAAGAAAAAAGUUUCCUCAUUGACAAGUGCUUAUUUUCACAGAAUUUUAUCGAAAUGUGUAGUGGACGAUUUUCAGGUGCGACUGUGAACUCCUUCAUUCCUGGAUUUAAUUUAUUAGAGAUGAAAAAAUUACUAAAUCUCCUCCAAGGAAACACAAUUGUGGAAUUAACAAAAAGUGCAGGGGGAACGUUUAUUUUAGAAACAUUGGUCAACAAUUUGCAUGAUCCUUCCUUGAAACAAGAAUAUUUUAAACUGAUAGAGCCACUUUAUGCAACAUUGACGACUGACCAGAAUGGAAACUAUCUUGUACAGAAUUGUAUUAAUCACAUGAACGCAGAUGAACGUAUUCGAUUUAUUGACCUACUUUCUCAAGAUUUUAAAUAUCUGUGCCAAACCAGCGAGGGCUGUAUUGUGGCGAGACAUUUAUUGAAAACGUCAACAACUUCUGUAGUACGACAUUUUUUUACAACCAUACUCCUACCAGAUAUUAAGAUUUUUGCUUGUGACAAGUUCAGCAAUUUCAUCAUUGAGGAAAACUUUUCCAAAAUCUAUCACAUUGAACGACGACAAGUGUUGGAAGGAAUCAGCACCCAUCUUGUUGAAAUUUCGAGUACCACUCAUGGCAGCAUGUUUUUAAAACAGUUAUUUCAAAUGAUUGAGAGAAGUGAAGAAUUGAUGAUCCUGUCCAGUGCAGUGAAGAAUAAUAUUCUGGAGCUCUCCAAGAAUGCUACAUCGUUUUUUGUUGUGGAUGAAUGGUUCAAACGAGUACUCAAAGUUACCAAUUUACGAAAAGAACUUUCGAAUGCAGUGACUUCUCAUGUUCUCUCCAUGAUUCAACAUGCUCAUGGAUCUGUGAUUGUGCAAAAUGUGUUUAAGAGUGAGAGCGUGGAUCGAAGUGAGCUUGAAGGAAUGGUUUAUAUUCUUUUGAAUCAUUUUGAUCGAAUUCUCAAAGAUCCAAAAUCGUCCGCAGUAUUGAAAGCUGUUGUGGAAAAGGGAUUUGCAGAGGUGAUAUUCUUGAAAAUGAAGGGCAAACAUUUGAGCUUGCUCAAGACUUGCAUGCAUCAUUUGUGA